ACAUAUUUUAAUAGUUUUUGCCAGCUUUAUCGAUCGCGAUUUGUGCAACGAUUUAAAUAACUUUCCCGCUACUACUUGUCCCUUUUAUCAUAUAGUGUGUGUCAUUUAACUGGAAGUGUAAUACCUGGAAAUGCCUAAAUAAACAUCUUAAUAUCUCGAAAACUAUAGGCGAUACGGAAAAAUGUUUGAAGCGAACGUUAUAUAAUAUCAAGGGAGGCAUUUCAUAUCGAUAUUUAUCUUGCAAUGAUCUUAAAAAGAUCUAUGAAGAUCUUUAUUUUUAAAUGGCAACUAUAUUUUUUAUUUCAUAUUCUUGCAGCCGAUAUCGAAACGUUUUCAGAACACUACCUACUUGCAUCUUUCGUAUAAAUUACUAUCGAGACAUUAAAUUUCAAAUAUGAUGCGUCAUCAGGGUCUUAACGUUAUCCAUUGUAAACAACGGGGUGGUUACUCGGUCGGGCUUUGUACAUUAUAGUGGCUCUAGAAAAUAAGUGUAUGUCAAAUUCUAUCCUUAAAGCAAUUAGUCGCUUUUCCUCCUAUGCGUCUACCAUUAAAAGGUAUACAAUUUUGUAUCCUUCUUAAGAAUUAGUAUCUCGAUAGUAGUUUAUGAGAAAGUUACAAAUAAAUAGCGUUUUGAAAACGCUUCGAUAUCUGCUGCAAGAAUAUGUAAUAAAAGAAUAUAGUUGCCGUUUAAAAACAUAAACGUGACAUGUACAGAGAUUUUCAAGGUCGUCGCACAGUAAGAUAAAUAGCGAUAUGACAUGUCUUUUUUACCAUCGUGCAGCAUUUGUUUCAAACAUUUCUUCGUAUCGCAUAGUUUUCGAAAUAUUUACAUAUUUACACAUGUUUACAAAUAAAUGGAACACACUGUGUAUUGCUGUUACAGGCAUGGCUUAAUUUACAAAUUAUUUUUUAAAACACGUUAACCCGGCAUACAUACAAUGUCACUGUAUGAACAUUGAAAUGAAAGUAGCAUUCGUGUUGCUCGUGGUCUACAAAAGUUAUCGGGAAACUCCAAGAAAAUAAAAGGAAAUGAUGACACUGAUUAUUAUGGUUCACGGCAAUAACUAGCAACAUUGUCAAGAGACUCGUUAGCUUUAUGAUCGAGAGUGCAGUGAUAAACUAUCUUUGCUGUUAAAGACGGUAAAACAUGUGUUAGUAUAAUCAUCGAUGGCAAUAAAUAGCCAGAAUAUUUUGGAUUUCGUUAAUUGAAUUAAAGUGGGUCAUAAUUGCGAAUAAAUUGUAAUAAAAUAAGUGGUGUACUAUUAUUAUACAAUACUAUUUAGUAUUGAUAUUUUCCAGCAAGUUAUGCUUUGUCUAACAGGUUCAUCAUCAGACAUCUUGAAAAAAGUUUGACGUAUGCAGUGGUAAAAAGUAAUAUACGUCAUCGAAUGGUAUGCCGAAAACACAUACAUAUGUUUAUCGUAGAUCUGUUGUAAUUACGUAUCAACAGAAGCGAACUGCACAAUUUUACGAUCAAGGAGACAGAAAAAAGUAAGGCAACGAGACACGCGAAAACCAGGUCGCAACCAUGAAAUUCACAAACCCGCUGCCGCAAUUUAAGAAAUGCAUAAUAUUCUUCUCAGUAGGCAUCAGUUGCAGCAUUUUGGCUUGCCUUCUACGUACUAUCAAUCCAAUGAAAUUAAUAUUAGAUCAAGAACUUCGAAUGACACCGAAUUCGUUGAUUUUUGAACUAUGGAGGAAGCCUAUCGUAGAUGUUUACAUGAAAAUAUACAUAUUCAAUAUCACAAAUGCGGAAGAAUUUCUUGAAGGCGGAGUAAAGUUAAAAGUUGAAGAAGUUGGCCCCUACGUGUACCAAGAAAUUUUAGAAAACACAAAUGUCACUUGGUACGAGAACAACACGAUUUCGUACGUUCCAAAGAGAAAGAUAGUGUAUGUACCAGAACUGUCGAUUGGCAAUCCGGAAGUAGAUACGGUGUUUGCUCCAAACAUACCCAUGUUGGGAGCCUUUUCAACGCUGCACGAUGCUGGAUUUUUUGUGAACUACCCUUUGAAUAGCCUGAUAAACUUGUUAGACAGUAAACCAAUAUUACAUUUAACCGUUCACGAUUAUCUGUGGGGCUAUGAAGAUACUUUGAUUCAUCUUGCAAGCAACAUCAUGCCAAGUUUCAUAAACUUCGGCAAAUUCGGGCUGCUUGACAGGAUGUAUGACGAAGGAAACAACGUCGUGCUCAUGAAUGUCGGGCACAAUGAGAAUAUGACCGAGGAAGAAGGACGUUAUUUAAGUAUUCAAUUAUACAACGGCAGUCCAGGAAUGUCACAAUGGGGAUAUCGAGAAAAUAAUGGAAACGAAACAUAUCCAGAGAAUACUAUUUGUAAUCUCAUUAGAGGAAGCACCGAAGGAGAAUUAUUCCCAGCAUAUCUAGACAAACGUGCUGCAUUCAGAAUAUUCAGGAAAGCGUUCUGCAGAACGAUACCAAUUGUUUUCAAAGAGGAAGUGGUAGCAGAAAACGGUCUAGGUGGCUAUCUUUACAGCAUGUCAGACAAUUUCUUAGAUACUCCUGAUGGAAAUCCGGAUAAUACGUGUUAUUGUAAGAAAAAAGGAAAAUGUUUAAAGAAAGGACUAUCUGACAUGACGCCGUGUUACUACAGUAUCCCUGCAGCGAUGUCUUUACCGCAUUUUCUUCACGCCGAUCCCAGUUUACAGGAGAAUAUCGAAGGUAUUAAUCCAGAUCCAGAAAAACACACCACGAAGAUAAUUCUAGAACCGACAAUCGGCUUCCCGAUGAAAGUAAACUCAAAAGUACAGAUCAAUCUUGUUAUGCAUCCUGUUCAGUACAAUUCACAGAUUGAAAUUUUUAAUAACUUAGUAAUACCAUUAUUCUGGAGUGACCUGGUAAUACCUCAAGUACCCAGUGACUUGUUGUUCCUCGUGAGAUUGCUACUUCAAGUAGGACCAAUAAUGCAGGAGGUAUUAAUAUGGUUAUUGGCUAUCGCAGGGGUGACGAUGUUCGUAUUAUUGAUAAGCACAUUGUGGACCACCAAACAGCAACAACAAUCACUUCCGGUAGACAGGAGAGAUAGCUACGAUUUACGAGUACCAUUACACUAUGGUCAAUACACAACGAUACAAAUUUUAUCGGCUAUCAAAAACUGACUAACCAAACAUUAUAAAAGUACUCGUGUACGAUGCUCAAAUUUAUUUUAAUAUAACUAAAUAUACUUUAACAUUAGAUAAUAAUAUUCGUUUUUUUUUCCUAUGAGUGGAAAAUGCACCAACGCUCUCUAUUACAUACUUUGAUUGACUCAGAAUACGGCAAAAGGUAUUCUACGUUACAGUACACAUUCAGGGUUUUGCGCUAAAAAUAUUCUCGAUAUGGAUCGAUAUUAUUCUAACAGAAUAUUAUCGUUGCAUGCUUUUAUUCAUUUAGUAAUUUACGCUCUCUUUUGAUGUACCACGGAAUGCAUUUGAUAUUUCGUUACACAUAAUUAAAGGUACGUUAUAAAUAAUAUUGUAAUAAUAUUUCUUCUAUCACAUGUAUACAUAUAGAAACUUUAUUACAGUAUUUUAUUUGUUACAUAUUGGAUUUAUAUACUUAUGUAUACAUAUGUUACCAAUAUGUAACAUAACUAAUAAUAUAAAUCUGCCGAAUAUAAAAUAAUGAAUAUAUUCUGGUAAUGUAUAAAAAGAAAAAUAUAACGUAUGACAUUUGUAUACUUGUAAAAAAACCGAUUCGAUUGAUGGAAUUCGUUCGCAAAAAAAUUGUUGUUGUAUAUAAUAUUCUUUCAUACUUAAUGUCAAGAAGGAAACAUUCAAAUAUAAUAAAUCACUUACAUAUUAUUAUUCCUGUA